CACACUCAGUCAGUCAGAGGAACAUCAGCUUCCCGACACCAGCUGUCGGACGCUGCUUCAUUUCACCACACACCAGCUCUGGGUGCAAACUCAGAAGGGGUGUUUGUGAAAUUGAAAGGCGUCCUAACAGGGCAAACACGGACUCCAUCAUCAGAGAGCGCCGAGAAUGGGAAAAUCAGAGAGCCAAAUGGAUAUCAUGGAGAAAAGCACUAAACCGCGGAAGCAUCGCUGGACUGUGGUGGAGAUCGGACUGUCCGUCAUUGUUCUUCUGAUGGGCUGUGCUCUGGCUGGACUCACAGUGCUCUACACUUCCGCUCUGAGAGAGCGUUUUAACAUAAAUGAAUCUUCAAAAGGGCUGAAAUAUCCAUCAAAAGCUGACAGCAAUGUCUGUACAACCCCACAGUGUGUCACUGCCGCGGCCCGACUGCUCCAGAACAUGGACCCCAGCGUGGAGCCGUGCCAGAACUUCUAUCAGUACGCAUGUGGAGGCUGGAUCGAGCGGCACGUCAUUCCCGAAACCAGCUCGCUCCACAGCGUGUUCAAUAUCCUGAGAGACGAGCUGGAGAUUGUGCUCAAGGGAGUUCUGGAGAUGGAGAGUAAGGAUGACAGAGAGGCCUUCAAGAAAGCCAAAACGCUCUACAGCUCAUGCAUGAACGAGAUUCUGAUCGAGCAGCGCGACUCGCAGCCUCUUCUUGGCCUCAUUGACAGCAUUGGCGACUGGCCCGUGGCGUCUGAGGUCUGGAACGGCACAUCAGAGCAAGCGUGGAGCCUGGAGGACACACUGGCGAUUCUGAACGCUCGGUACAAUAAGAAGGCCGUGCUUGAGAUGUUUGUGUGGCCAGAUGAUCGCGACUCCAGCCGCUACAUUAUCCAUGUUGACCAGCCAGCACUAGGAAUGCCUUCAAGAGAUUAUUACCUCAGCGAUGGGAAUUAUAAGAAGGUGCGCCAGUCCUACCUGGAGUUCAUGGUUUCCAUGGCGAGGAUCGCACGAGAAGACAGGAACUUGACCCAAGAUGAAGAGCGCGUGUGGGAGGACAUGACUCAAGUGUUGGAGCUGGAGACAGACAUUGCAAACGCUACCUCACCCGCAGAAGAACGCAAUGACAUCACCGUGCUUUACAACAAAAUGACACUGAGAGAAGUUCAGCAAGCUUUUAACCUCAAUGGUUUUAAUUGGACGCGCUACAUCCAGGGAAUCAUGUCCAGCGUGUCCGUUACGGUGCAACCAGAAGAGCCCAUGGUCGUGUACUGCUCGCCUUACCUGGAGAAGCUCCGCUACGUUCUGUCCAAGCACAGCCACAGGACGCUGCAGAACUAUCUGGCAUGGAUGCUCAUCAUGGAGAGGGUCAACAGUAUGAGCCGUCGCUUCAAAGACGUGAGAGCGCACUACAGAAAGGCUUUGCAUGGCACUACAGUAGAGGAGGCGAGGUGGAGAGACUGUGUCCGUUACGUCCAGGGCAACAUGGAGAACGCAGUCGGAGCCCUUUACGUCCGGGAAACCUUCUCUGGAAACAGCAAACGCAUGGUGGGUGAACUGAUCAAAAAGAUCCAGGAAGCUUAUGUGGAAACACUGGAAGAGUUGAGCUGGAUGGAUGAAAAAUCCAAGGAGAAGGCCAGAGAGAAGGCCAUGGCGAUAUCGGAGCAGAUCGGUUAUCCCGACCACAUCCUUGAGGAGGAAAAUAAGAAACUAGACGAGGAAUACAGACAUCUUAAUUUCAGUGAGGAGAACUACUUUGAAAACAUUCUGGAAAACCUGGCAGCAUCAGCCCAGAAAGGUCAUAAAAAGCUGAGGGAGCCCGUGGAUCCUGACAUGUGGAUUAUUGGUGCAGCUGUGGUCAAUGCGUUCUACUCACACAACAGAAACCAGAUUGUGUUUCCUGCUGGCAUCCUCCAGCCUCCCUUCUUCAGUGAAAAACAGCUGCAAGCUCUAAACUUCGGUGGGAUCGGGAUGGUUAUAGGACAUGAAAUCACUCAUGGAUUUGACGAUCACGGCCGGAAUUUCGACAAGGAUGGGAACAUGAACAACUGGUGGAGCAACUACUCUGCCGAGCAGUUCGAGGAUCAGUCUAAAUGCAUGGUGGAUCAGUACGGCAAGUUCAGCUGGAAACUCGCAGGAGGCCAAAAUGUCAGUGGCAUCACAACAUUAGGAGAGAAUAUUGCUGAUAACGGUGGAGUUCGCCAAGCUUAUAAGGCGUAUAUAAAGUGGGUGGAGAGGGAGGGCGAGGAGCCCCAUCUUCCCGGACUGGAUAUGGAUCAUAAACAGCUCUUCUUUCUGAACUUUGCCCAGGUCUGGUGUGGCGCGUGCCGCCCUGAGUACGCCAUUCAGUCCAUCAAGACAGACCCACACAGCCCUCUGGAAUACAGGGUUCUCGGUUCCCUGCAGAACUUCGAGGCUUUUUCCGAAGCGUUUCAUUGUGAACGAGGAACUCCCAUGAACCCCGAGGAGAAGUGUCGAGUGUGGUAACCCGCCGUCGGAGGUCCUGGAGUCGUGUAUAUUUUAGGAGGAAGGCAGCGUGCUGUCAUUGCCUGUCUGUUAGUCUGCCGCGACAGACACGGUGACGCGGUGUAGACACCUACAUGUGUGACUGCGUAGAUGUCUACUGUGAACUUUCAAAAGCGCACAUAUAACCAACAAGCGCAGGCGUCGUGAACGUGCGCAGUGAGGGUGUUGUUUUUCUGGAAAAGAGGCAUGCUUUUUCACCGUCUGUUCAGAGAUUUCGUCCUGUCCGCUUGUUUCUUUCGACUCCUUAUUAGUUUUGGCACCGGAAAACACAUUGUAACGAGAGGGAGGGUUUAUUGACAUCAGAUUAUGUAAACGGAUAAACCCCUCCGUUGGCUUUGGAUUCUGUCGGCUCUCCAAGAAGAUAUCCGUUGUGUCCUAAAAUCAGCCAACAACUGGAGGCUUGGAAGCCGAACGCGAUUGUGGUUUGAAUAGAAACCAGUCAAGGCAUCAUAUUUCGUUUCAUAAGAAACAGCCUUGAAGUAUUUUGAUUAUGGUAUAAGACAUUAUUUUGGUAAGAGUCCUAUUGAGCGCUGUUUUUCCCCCCCAAAAAAUCCUAAUGAAAUGUACGUUUCACAGAAGGAUCUGUAUUUCUUUGCUUAGCGUUACGUAAAACGGGCAUGUGUUGACAAUUACCUGACAACCUUAAGACUGUUAAAACCACAAUGUGUUUCUCUCUUCAUAAAUAGAUCCUAUUCAUGGCCUUGCCUUGUAAUUGAACUUCUUCUGUGAAAGCCAGCAGAUAAUGGCAGGAAGCCGGCCGCUGCAAUACAGGAACUCAGACUGUACAUUUGUUAACACUUACCUAUGGAUGUUUUAGCAUGUUUAGGGACACGAAUCAGAUCUUCGACGCGGCGUCAGUCCUCCGGUUUAGUUCGGUUCCCUUGGUGAAAACACCAUCGCAGCAGUGACUUCUGCAAUUAAACGUGGAGAAAUGGUGUUUUUUUUAGUACAUCAAGGUUACUUUCUUAAGCAGCAGUUUGGUCAUGAAUUAGUUUAGAUUAAUACUUUACAAAGCAUAGGUGGAAAUGUUCAUGUCACAUGUGUUCAUAAAGUUAUUUUACAAUUUA